AAGGCUCCUAGAAAAUCUAUCAAACAAUUUCCUCAGAAGGCCCCAAAGAAAUCAAUUAAUUGCAGAGGGAAACCUGUGAAGAAGCCUCGAAAGUGGAAGAAAGGUACAGUAGCUUUGAGAGAAAUCAAAAAGUAUCAGAAAGGAGUCGAAUUGUUAAUUCCUAAAGCUAAUUUUGUUAGGCUUGUGAGAGAAAUUGCAAACUCUAAGAGACAAGAUGAUCCUCUCAGAUUCAGUGCAGAUGCCUUGUUAGCUCUGCAAGAAGCUGCAGAACAUUACCUUGUAAAUUUGCUUGAGGACUCUUAUUUGUGUGCUCUUCAUGCAGGUAGAGUAACAUUGAUGAAAAAAGAUAUUCAACUCAUAAAAAGAUUAUUGGGC